AUGCAGACUGCUCUAGCAAAAUCCCUGCAGAAAAGGCAAGUCAUUUUUCUUGCUAUGCUGUUGUUUUUGUGGGAGGUUGACUCUGAGACAAUUAGAUAUUCCAUGCCAGAAGAAACAGAAAGUGGCUACUCUGUGGCCAACCUGGCAAAAGAUCUGGGGCUCAGGGUGGGGGAACUGGCAACUCGGGGUGCGAGAAUCCAUCACAAAGGCAGCAAACAGCUCUUGCAGCUCAAUGUAAAAACCGGCAAUUUGCUUCUACAGGAAAAACUAGACCGAGAGGUGCUGUGUGGGGCUACAGAACCCUGCAUUUUGCAUUUCCAGUUGUUACUCAAAAACCCGAUGCAGUUGUUUCAAAUUGAUGUGCAAAUCAUGGAUGUAAAUGACCAUUCUCCAGAGUUCCUAGACAGGGAAAUGUUCCUUAGAAUCCCAGAGAGCGCCCAGCCAGGGUCUGUGUUUCCUUUGAAAUCAGCUCAGGACUUGGACAUGGGUAGCAACAGUGUUCAGAACUACACAAUCAGCCCCAACUCCAAUUUUCGUGUUGCUACUCACAAUCGGGAAGAUGGCAGAAAAUACCCAGAGCUGGUGUUGGAGAAAGCUCUGGACCGGGAAGAAGAGUCUGAGCUCAGUUUAACCCUCACAGCGCUGGAUGGUGGGAUGCCACCCAGGUCUGGGACUGUCACAGUUCACAUUGAGGUGGUAGACAUCAAUGAUAAUGCCCCUGAAUUUUUACAAUCCCGGUAUGAGGUACAGGUUCCUGAGAACAGUCCCAUAAACUCAUUAGUUCUUGUUGUCUCUGCUCAAGAUUUAGAUUCAGGAAAUUAUGGUAGUGUUGUCUACUCCUUAUUUGAAGGUGAUGAAGUUUCGCAACCAUUUGUUAUAGAAAAAAUAUCAGGAGAAAUUCGUCUGCAAAGGGCAGUGGAUUUUGAGGCAACCCAACAUUAUAUCAUAGAAAUUGCAGCCACAGAUGGAGGAGGCCUUUCAGGAGAAUGCACUGUGGCCAUAGAAGUGGUGGAUGUGAAUGACAAUGCUCCUGAACUAACCAUGUCCACACUCAGCAGCUCUAUCCCAGAAAACUCCCUGGAGAGUAUAGUUGCUAUUUUCAGCGUUUCUGAUCCAGACUCUGGGGACAAUGGUAGGAUGGUUUGCUCCAUAGAAAACGAUCUCCCCUUCCUCUUGAAGCCCACAUUUAAGAACUUUUACUCCUUGGUGACAGAGAGGCCAUUGGACAGAGAGAGCAGAGCCCAGUACAACAUCACUAUCACAGUCACUGACUUGGGGUCACCUAGGUUGAAAACUGAACACAACAUAACUAUCCUUGUCUCUGACAUCAACGACAAUGCACCUGCUUUCACACAAACCACCUACAGGCUGUUGGUGCGCGAGAACAACAGCCCUGCCCUGAAAAUAGGCAGCAUCAGUGCCACAGACAGAGACUCAGGCACCAAUGCCCAGAUCACCUACUCGCUGCUGCCAACCCAGGACCCGCACCUGCCCCUCGCCUCGCUGGUCUCCAUCAACGCAGACAAUGGGCAGCUGUUCGCGCUGAGGGCGCUGGACUUCGAG